AUGGGAGAGACCACAACCUCCCCUGAAGGGGCGGUGGGGCCUGGAGGCCAGUUCAGCCUCACCCGCGGGGCCCUGGACAGCCUCUGCCCUUCUCUGCAGGACGAGUAUCCGGAAUGUUCUCUUAACAGCCAGUUUGCGCAUCCCGUGGAUGAGGAGCUCACUCCCCACCAGCUCAGCCUGAUCUGGAGCCUGGCCGUCAACCACCUGAGCUUCCUCAACUCCUUCAAGAUGAAGAUGUCCGUCAUCCUAGGGGUCACCCACAUGACCUUCGGGGUGGUCCUGGGAGUCUUCAACCACGUGCACUUCGGCCAGUGGCACCGGCUGCUCCUAGAGACCCUGCCGGAGCUGGUCUUCCUGCUGGGGCUGUUCGGCUACCUGGUCUUCCUCGUCGUCUACAAGUGGCUGCAAGAUUACGCCGCCAGGGCUGCCUCGGCCCCCAGCAUCCUCAUCCACUUCAUCAACAUGUUCCUCUUCUCCCGCAGCCCCACCAACCAGCCCCUCUUCCACGGGCAGGAAGCGGUGCAGUCAGCACUGGUGAUCCUGGCUCUGGUCAUGGUGCCCGUCCUGCUGCUCGGCACCCCGCUGUUCCUGCACUGGCGGCACCGCAGCCGCUCGCAGAGGGGGCCCGCUGGCCGACAGCCGGAUGAGGACAAGUCCGGGAUUCUGGACUCCUCCGAUGCAUCCGUGGCCGGCUGGGGCCCUGAUGAGGAGAAAGCGGGGUGCCCGGAGGACGGAGAGGAGGCCGAGUUUGUCCUGUCCGAGGUGUUGAUGCACCAGGCCAUCCACACCAUCGAGUUCUGCCUGGGCUGCAUCUCCAACACGGCCUCUUACCUGCGCCUCUGGGCCUUGAGCUUGGCCCACGCCCAGCUGUCGGAGGUCCUGUGGGCCAUGGUGAUGCGCUCGGGCCUGGGCCUGGGCCACAAGUUGGGCGUGGCAGCCGUGGCGCUGGUCCCCGUCUUUGCCGCCUUCGCCGUGUUGACCGUCGCUAUCCUGCUGGUGAUGGAGGGGCUCUCGGCCUUCCUGCACGCGCUGCGGCUGCACUGGUGA